UGACAUCCAGAUUUGAGUGGACGCGGCGGGCCGCCGCGCACGAAUCCCAUGAUCCCAUCAAUGCCCUUCCUCGAUUCCAACUCUGCGAGAAAAGCUAAAAUAAUCGGACCCAUCUCUUGGACCGUGCGAUCGCCCCCCUCCGCCGCCGCCCACGGAUCAACGCCACGCCACCACGCCGGAAGACCGGGAUCGUGACGGCCACAUGGACAUGGCUACGGCGGCCGCCGCGUUGCCAUGGGUUUGUCCCCAUUCCUCAUCUUCUUUCCUAUUAACCCCCGCGGCCCCGCCCCUGCUUUCCUUGCUCGCGCUUUAGGUAGAAUACAUACAUAUCUUCUGCUCAGACAAGUUCGACCGUCCAUGGAGGUUCUUGGUUUCGCGGCAAUGGGAGGCGGUUCCCCGGCGUGGAUCGACGUGCCUGAGCGGAGCAAGAGCGCGUUCAUGGAGCUGAAGCGGAGGAAGGUCCACCGGUAUGUGAUCUUCAAGAUCGACGACAGUAGAGAGGAGGUCGUCGUCGACAAGAUCGGCGCGCCCGGGGAGAGCUACGACGACUUCACGGCGUCGCUACCGACCGAUGAUUGCCGGUACGCCGUCUACGAUCUGGAUUUCGUAAGCGACGACAACUGCCGGAAAAGCAAGAUUUUCUUCAUCUCCUGGUCUCCUUCAGAUUCUCGCAUCCGUGCCAAGACCAUAUAUGCCGUGUCAAGGAACCAAUUCCGUCAUGAGCUUGACGGAGUGCACUUCGAGAUCCAAGCCACCGAUCCCGAUGACAUGAAUCUAGAAGUUCUCAGGGGGCGUGCUAACAGAACCUGAUUCACUAGCGAGCAACCCAAAAUGCAGCUCGGAGGUCGCUGAUCUGAUGAGGCAUGACGUAGAAGUAUAGGCUGCCGAUCACACCCGGGCAUGCAUUGUUUCUUUUUACUUCUUCCUUUCCUUUUGGAGUUAUACUUCCGUGAUGUUUGCCUAACUACAUAGGUUCCCUCUAAUAUGAUGUGGACUGUGGAACCUUUCCUUGUUUUACAUAUAAUUGUAUACUAUGUAGUACUACGUCUAUUCUUGAAUA